AGCUUGAAACUGAAUUAUUGGAUGGAAAAACGAAGCUAAUACUGUCUCCAUAUGAGCAUAAAUCAAAAGUUUCUGUGAAGAAGCCUUUUCUGCAUAUUACUUCUGGCACGACUGGAAUGUGGCAAGCUAAUCCACAUUAGUUAUCUGAGUCCAGCUGGUAGGUGCGUGUCCAGCAGCCGCAGAGAUCUCCAGCAGCCGUGAAGGCUCCGGCAUGGCCUAGAGCCCCGUUGGCUUUAUUUGUCUUCUUCAGAAGAGGGGGACAGUGAGAGAGAGCCACCCUUGUUUUCUAGAGGCUCAGAUGGGAAAUAAGGUCAAGAUUGCAAAAUGUCCUUUAAGAACAAAACAGACUGGACAUACUUUAAAAUCAACACAAAAUACUUACGUUGGGAGUGAAAACCUUUCUCAAAAGAAGAUCUCUGCUUCAAACACUUCACAAGCAAAACUUGAAAAUAGUAGAUUGACAUUUUCACCCAGUACGGAUUUAUGUAAGCAGUAUUCAGAAAAAGACGGUCUCCGUGUUCAAAAGGAGAUUUCACCUACAACCUCUAAUAUACGGAUGAUUAUAAACACUGCAGAUACUUGUCCAGUGGCUAAACAGAAGCCUUGCAAAAAACACACCACAGCGGAGAACAUGAACAGCAGUUUGGUGUGUCUCACACAGGACCAGCUUCGCCAGAUUCUGAUGCUGAGUCUGAGCCGGGGAGACGGGCCUGUGACCCUCCCUGAGAGUGGGGCGGGGGAAGCAAGUCAAGAUAGUUUCCAUUUAAUUGAUAUUCCUAGUCAGCCAAAGGAUGUGAAUGUCACAGGAUUACUGCACAAAACGGAGGUCAUUUCCCCUGCCGCAAGUGAGAAUGAGCAGGUGCACCAGAGAACUCCAGAGGUGCCUCAGCAGUGUGAGCAGAAAGCCGCCGUAGAGAAUGAAUGGAAACCAGCUGACAUAUUCAGUACUCUGGGGGAAAGGGAACGUGAUAGAAGUUUGUUGGAAGCAAGAAGAGCCCAGUGGAAAAAAGAGCUAGAUGAACAGGUUGCUUUAAAGAAGAAAGAAAAAGAAGCUUCUCAAAAAUGGAAUAAUCCUUGGAAACCAUCUGAAAUAGUAUGUGAUAAGUUUCAAGUCCUUGACCAAUCCAGGGAAGCAGGACUGCUGGAGUCCCCUUGCAGCGCUGCUAAGCAAGAGCAACAGAGAAAAUGGAUUGAAGAAUUGAAUAAACAAGUUGAAGAUGACCAGCAAAGAAAAGCAGAGGAAAGAAUGAUAUAUUCAAAGGGUGAAGAACAUGACAGAUGGGCAGUGCAUUUUGAUUCAUUAAAGAGUCAGCCUGGUUCUCAGUCUCGCCUGUCCUCUCAGUCAACACACCAGCACCUGGAGUCACUCUGUGUGUCUCCUGAUACUCGGGAACUGGCGGAUGUCAAUGGUGUUUACACACCUCCACCUGGAGUCCAGGUGGAGCCUUCUGAGAAAGAACAGAGAGGCAGACCUGUUCUGGACAUGGCUGUGUCACAUGGUCCGAAAACAAACUUCCUCCGUUCUAUGACUGCACUCUUGGAUCCAGCACAGAUUGAGGAGCGGGAAAGGCGCCGACAGAAACAAUUAGAACAUCAGAAAGCAAUCACAGCUCAGGUAGAGGAGAACCGCAGGAAGAAGCGGCUGGAGGAAGAGCAAAGAAAAAAAGAGGAGCAGGAACUGGAACUGCGCUUGGCAAGGGAGCGGGAGGAGAUGCAGAGGCAGUAUGAAGAGGACAAGCUUAAACAGAAGCAGAAGGAAGAAAUCAUGACUCUAAAGACAAACGAGCUAUUCCACACAAUGCAGCGAGCUCAGGAGUUGGCGCAGAGGCUCAAACAGGAGCAGAGGAUCCGAGAACUGACUCAGAAGGGACAUGAUACAUCCAGGCUGAUUCAAAAUCUUGGUGCACAAGUGGAUUAUAAGGCAUCCACUACCGUCUCCAGUUACCAUGGUGAUGCUGAGGAGGCUGCUGAUGAAGCGUGUGCAGCUGCCGCUCCAACAGCCUCUCCCAAGAAGGACACGGGCGUGCAGACAGAUGAUGUACAUUUAGGAAUUUUCAAUGAUGUGCUACCACACUGUGGAUCAGUAACAGAGAGGGGCAUUAGAAACUUUUCUUCUCCAGAAAUUUCUGCAGAUUUCAGUGGACAGAUUGGCAUUAGAAAAGAGAAGCAAGAACUAAGUAUGGAUAAAGGCACUAAUUUAGACAAAGAAAACAGCUGGUAUAAUGGCCAGUGUAAUCAUAAUAGAAGAACAGAGAAACAAACAAAACUCACGAAGAAAUGUCCUAAGAAGCCUGCUUGGAAUAUAAAUAAGCCUCUCAAAAGGUACAUUCCUGCAUCAGCAAAGUACCCAGCACAUCUCCAGAAGGAGAAAGAAGAAAAAAAGGUAAGAAGGCAGAUGGAGCUGCUUCACUUAGUGGAGAGAAACAAUCCUGAGAAUCUCUCCCAAAAUAGAGGCACUUCACCAGAUGUUCACGCUUCAUCUCAUCAAGAAACUGAGUCAGAGAGCAGGUUGCAUCUUAUCAAAAAGGUAGAAGAACCUCUGAAAACUCCUUCAGUUAGUAAAGAAAGGUUUCAGACAUCACCAGCAGUAAAAAGCAGAACUCAACAAACUCAGAGUAAUGUAUUACAAUUACCACUAAAAAACAGUGACUAUGAAAAAGAGACUUUGACCUUAGGAGAUGGUCGUACUAAAUUAUCAGAUGAGAUAUCUGAGCCAUCCCAUUUUAUACCCUAUGUUCGAACAAAUGAGAUCUAUUACCUUGAUCCAGAUGCACCCUUGUCUAGGCCAUCAACCCAGGACAACCAAUAUCAAAAAUCUCAUGACUGUGCCCGAGAACAAGAACUAUUUGACUCUGACCAUAUCAGGGAUCCACUUCUUAAUCCUAAAUUGGUGAAAAACAGGGACCGACAGCAAGCUAUCCUUAAGGGGCUUUCAGAACUAAGACAGGGUCUUCUCCAGAAACAAAAGGAGUUGGAAACGAAUCUCAUACCCUUAACUGCAAACCAAGAAGAUAAUUUUAGUUCUUCAUUUUAAAUAUGCUCAC